CAUUUCGACUGUAUAUGUACCAUAAUUACAACUGGGUUCUAGAAGGUUACUAUCAACUAGGUGAGAAACUCGGCGGUCACAAGACCCGUGAUCUAGACAAGCAAGUUUGGACGAACGAAGGCAAAAUAUAAUCCUGUUUGAUGAAAGUUCAAAACACACAGACACUAGAAAAUUUUCACAUGAUACAAUAGCUAUUUUAAAACAAGCCACUGAUCAAAGCUCUGAAUUAAAUAAAAAAAUAGAAGGCAUAUUAAAAGGAGGAAAAUGAGUGAUAAGAACAGCAUAUUAGAAAGAUUAUCAAAAAGAGAUGCACAGAGAUUAGAGAAAAUUCAGAAAGCACACAAGGCAAGGGAAGAGGUGAAUGUUAGUAAUGAAAAUGAGGAUUAUUUUGCUGGAGCAUUUAAAAUUAAAUCAGAGUCUAUUGAAGAUUUGUUGUCACAAGUACCAACAUUAGAAAUAAAUAUACUCCCGUCCCAUUUUGACAAUAUAAAAAGAGAAGUUAAUGAAUUACAAAAAUAUGUGGUCACUUCAUCAUUUUUCCUUAAAGAGUUCAACAUGAGAAAGUAUUUAGGAAUAGUGCAGAAUUUACAAACUAAAUGUUAUGAAUUGGAGGACAGGUACGCACCACGUAAGAAAUUUGGCUUCACAAGGAAAAAGCUACCAAAAUCUCAUUGCGAAAAACAGAAUUCUUUGGAUGAAAACGAUGGAGCGGGUAAAACAGAUAGUAACAAAUGGGACGAGAAACUAUUUGGGUUCGACAACAAAGAAAAUGUGCUUCUGAUGCUCGAGAACAAUGAACUUUACCAACGGGAUGUAACUUUACAUAACUUAAAAAAUUGUACUAUAGGUCUGAAAGGAGUAAUGGGGACUCUACAUCUCACAAAUUUGGACAACUGCAUUAUUUUAUCUGGACCAGUUACAUCAUCUGUUUUUGUUGAGAAGUGUACUCAUUGUAAAAUAGUCACAGCUUGUCAGCAACUAAGAAUGCAUACAUCACAUAAAUGUGACAUUUACCUACAUGUGACAAGUAAAGGUAUUGUUGAAGACUGUACAGAAAUUAGGACUGCCCCAUACAACUUGUAUUAUCAAGAUUUGGAGAAACAUUUCAAUAUGUCAUCAUUAGAUAAGAAUGUGAAUAAUUGGAACAGUCUUGAUGACUUUAAUUGGUUAGCUCCUGAUGUACCUUCGCCUAAUUGGUCGAUACUAGAUGCCACACAGAGAAUAUCUAAUUGGAAUGACUGGUGGUUUAGAGUGCCAUCAUAAUAUUGACUUAUUGCAUAAAAGAUUUAUAUUAGCUCACUAAAUAAAAUUUUUACUCUGUACCUUUUAAAUAAUCAAUAUUUGGAAUUUAGUAUAUUUUUAAUGAUAAUGAAGCAUUAAAUAUACAGAGAUGAGUCAUUUACCUAUUUAGUUUUAGGAGAAUAACUACAUUAUUUGAACAUUCUAAUUUUUCAUUACUGACAAAUAACCUUGCCUUCUUAUACUGCAAAUAUUUAAAGUAAAAAAUUAAUUAUAUGUACUGAUAGGUUUUAAUUGUGCGAUUAAAAAAAGAAUGUAGUAAACCUGUGCAAUCUCGAUUAAAAAUAUGUUUCUAUAAAAUAGACAACUCAAAAUGUACUAGUGAUCAUAUAACUAAAUUAUUGUUAAACUAUAACAAAUGUAACUGCUUAUUAAAUACAAUACUGUAGCAUUUAUUAAAUUGUAAUUUUUUGUAAUAAAAGAUUUUAUCAACAAUU